UUGAUUUUUUUAUUUUUUCUAAUUUUAGGUCCUGUUAUAUCAAUUAGUUGUAGUAGUUGAAUUUUAUGUUGAGCUGGAUUAGAAUUAGGUUUUUUUGCUCUUAUGCCAUUACUUCUUAGGGGUAAUUACUCCCUUUCAAAAGAAGUUGUAUUGAAGUACUUUUCAGUUCAGGCUUUAUCUAGGGUCUUAUUAUUUUUUAGUGGAAGAUUUCUUUUUGGUAUUAGAAGUUUUAGAGCAUUUAUUUAUUUGAUUUUUUUAUUUAGCUUAAGCUUAAAAUUGGGGUUUUUUCCAGGUCAUUUUUGGGUCCCUAGAGUUAUUUGUGGAUUAGACUGAAUUUCUUGUUGUCUUAUUUUAGGUCCAUUAAAGAUUGCUCCUCUUGCAUUUCUAGUAAAUUUUUUAGGAAUUUUUUCAACUUAUGAAAUGAGUGUUUUACUUCUCGGGGUUAUUAGUGCUAUUUUAGGGAGAUUAUUAGGUAACAACCAAACAAAUAUUCGAGCAAUAAUUGGAUCCUCAUCAAUUUCGCAUACGGGUUGGAUAUUAGUAGCCAGUGUCCUAAGACAAUUAUGAAGCUAUUUUCUUAUUUAUUUAUUAGUCUUAUAUGGGUUUUUUUUUAUAAUAAUAAAAAUAGAUAUGAUAAGAUCAGGCUUUAUACUACUAUCUUUUAGGGGGCUACCCCCAUUUAUCAUAUUUACUGUUAAGAUAAACAUUAUUUUUGAGCUAGCUGUAAAAUCCUUUAGUGCCGUGUUUAUUAUACUAAUUCUUAGGUCUUUGUUUAGUUUAUAUUUCUAUUUAAAGUUUUCAUAUUCUUUGAUAUUAAAUUCAAAAAAUAGUCCUAGAUUUUUAUACUAUAGUAUUUUCUUAUUUAUAAAUAUAUUUGGAUGUUUAUUUAUUUAUUUAUUUUUUGAUAGCUAUUUUAAGCAAUAA